AUGAUGACGAUGGCAGUGAUGGACUGGUUACAAAUGAGACUGGACGUAAUUGACCUGAUUGUUUUAAUUGUCCUACUGCUAACAACGGUCUAUUAUUCGUGGAAGUUAUGGAUCGAAAAAACCACUAAUAAGUUCACAUCAUCUGUUCUGCCAUCAUACACUUCUUUUGGAAGUUCGUUUGAUCGACAAACUUCAUUUGUUGCACGUAUGAAAUCGGAAGAGCGAAAGGUCAUAAUAAUUUACGGCUCACAAACCGGAACAGCUGAAGAAUUGGCAGGCCGUCUUUCUAAAGAUGUUCAAAAUUACGGUCAGAAGGCUCUUUUACUCGACCCGGAGGAAAUGGAUGUUGAGGAUUUUGGAAAAAUCAAAGAAAUUCCCGGUGUUCUGCUAAUAUUAUGUAUGGCAACUUAUGGUGAAGGCGAUCCGACAGACAACGCACAGGAAUUUUAUCAGCAUAUUUUGAACACAAAUCUUGAUUUAACAGGCGUUAAUUUUGCUGUUUUUGGCUUAGGCAAUAAAACGUAUGGACAUUUCAAUGAAAUGGCGAAAUAUUUCAACCGACGAAUGGAAGAAUUUGGUGCCACGCGUAUUUACGGCCUUGGCUUAGGUGAUGAUGAUGGAAAUCUGGAGGAGGAUUUUAUGAGGUGGAGAGAAGGCUUUUGGUCAGCUGUAAUAAAUAUUUUUGGCUGGGAAAUUGCAGAAACAGGUUUAGUACGGCAAUAUCGCUUUGAAAUUGUGAAGGAUUUCUCGGUCAAAUUAUUUACUGGAGAAUACGGUCGCCUAGGAUCAUUUGAAAAACAAAGACCACCUUUCAAUCAGAAGAACCCUUUUAUUGCUACUGUUAGCGUUAAUCAUGAGUUACACGGUAUAAGCAGUGAUAGAAGUUGUCGUCACAUCGAAUUUAUUAUCAAUGAAGCAAGGAUGAGAUAUGAGGUGGGUGAUCACUUAGGCGUUUUCCCAACAAAUGAUCCGGUUUUGGUGGAGGAAUUAGGACGAUUGCUUGAUGUUGAUAUGGAUCUACGUUUCAGUCUGGUUAAUCUUGAUGAGGAAAAUCUGAAAAAAAAUCCGUUUCCAUGUCCGUGUACAAUAAGAACUGCAUUCACUCAUUACGUCGAUAUAUGUGCACCAGUUAAAUCCAAUGUCUUGAAAGCUUUGGCUUCUUUCACAAAUGCUGAAAAUGAAAAGGAACGUCUUUUAUUGUUGAGCACGGCGAAUGAACAGGGUUUGAAAGAAUAUGGAAAUUAUAUUCAGAAGGAAAGGCGUUCUAUCAUUGAUAUUCUUCGUGCAUUCUCGACAUGUAAACCUCCAGUUGAUUAUGUUCUAGAAUUGUUGCCUCGUCUUCAGCCACGUUAUUACAGCAUAGCGUCAUCAUCCAAAUAUAGUCGUGACUCGCUGGCUAUAACAGUUAUUGUAACAAGAUAUAUGAUUGGCAGUCGUUUAAUCAAAGGAGGUGAAGGAUCCAAAGUACCGAUAUUUGUUAGAAAAUCAACAAUGCGACUGCCACAUCGAUUAAAAACACCGGUAAUCAUGAUAGGUCCUGGGACAGGUUUUGCUCCAUUUCGAGGUUUUCUUCAAGAGCGCAGCUGGCAAAAGGAACAAGGCCAAGACAUUGGACCGAUGACAUUAUAUUACGGUUGUCGACAUCCAGAGCAUGAUUACAUUUAUGAAAAUGAACUGAAGAAGUUCAUUCAAGAUGGUGUACUCUCUGAAUUACAUACUGCCUUUUCUAGAGUCACUGCAAAAAAAGUUUAUGUGCAAGAUCAAAUUUGGAAAAAUCGUGAAGCGGUAUGGAAAGCUGUUGAAGAUGGUGCAAAUAUUUGUGUGUGUGGCGAUGCACGCAAUAUGGCACGUGACGUGCAAAAUACAUUUAUGCGAAUAUUCAUAGAGAUUGGCGGGAAAACUGAAACCGAAGCGCAAAAAUUUCUGAAAGAUUUGGAGCGGAAACGAUGUUACCAAACAGAUGUCUGGUCUUAA